CACUUAAACUUGACAAUGAACAACAUUCCAAAUAGUGAUAACUCCUCCCACCUGGGACCUGUUGAAGAUAAUGCAGGACCAUUAGAAGCUGCUAGUCUGUCUUUAAGAACUGUGGACUGCAGCAUUGACAAGAAGUACCCAGUGGUGGCUAUCCCUUGCCCCAUCACAUACCUGCCUGUGUGUGGUUCUGACUACAUCACCUAUGGGAAUGAAUGCCACUUGUGCAUUGAGAGCUUGAAAAGUGAUGGAAAGGUUCAGUUUCUUCACGAAGGAAGAUGUUAACUUCUCCAUAGACAUGGGUGGGGAGCAAUGAUAUCCUGUGUCAUCUUCAUCGUCCCUGGGCUCUGAUGACCUUCUCCCUUCUCAUGGCACAGGUUCUGGGGGAUGGGGCCGGGGGAGGAUGGGGGCAGGGGCAGAUAUGGAGUCAUCUUUGUUGAGUGGAGAAAGUUGUUGUGCUUUCCUUCAAACUCAUGCCCAACUGACUUACUGGCUUCUUUUUGUACCUCAUUAAAAGAAUCUCCCCAGAGAGUUUACCUUUA